ACCUAUCUAACGACACUUGCACCCUAAAGCUCUUUUGUGUUAAGGGGUUUUAGUACAUACACCUACCUACCCAUACUCCCACACUCACGUACACACUAUCAACUUCUUUCAACUUCUUACCUUUCUUGUUUAUUCGAUUGUUAGAUUUUUAAUCUAAUCAUUUAAACAUACUCAACACUCAUUUGCUUUCACUUCAUUCCCUUUGCCAUCGCUUUUCUUUCUUCCUUCUUUUUCUCUUUUUUUCUCUCUUUUUGGCGACUUGUCGUUGUUGUUAUUGUUGUUAUUGUUGUUGAUACCCCAAAUCCCAAUCACACAGUGCUCCACAGCUAAAUCGCACAGGAUUCUUUUCCUUGAAAUACUGGCUUCUAUCGCCAUCCAUUCAUACAGUGGUCUGUGGGUCCAGGGCAAAGUGUUUGAUGUACUCGCAGCAACACCGAGUGAGGAAGUCAGUUUCAGCCUUUCGAAACGAUCGUUGAGGUUCGACCAGGGGCGAAUAGAGUUUUGCGACAGGAGUGUGGGCAGUCGUUGGGUUCUCCAGAUUGUUUCUGCUGGAUUUACAGAUUCAGUUACACCUUAGCUUCAAAAGUGGUGCUGAAGAAAUCCAUAGUUCCGCUGGUAAGUGCGUCCAAUUUUUUACCAUCUCUAAGCUUUCUCUUGAAUAUGCAAUAUGGGUCGUACGUACAUCGGGGAAGUGAACCUGCCAGUGUCGCAGAAUUCAGUACAAACUCAUGCUAAUCAUUUCUUUCGGUAGUGCGAUCGAGUUUGGGACCUGCCAGGGUAAUACUAAUAUUGGAUCGGCUCCUCUCGAACUGGACCUACUCUCGCAGUGGAUCGAUUUCUCCAACAAUUGGCAAAGAGCAUGAUGUGAAUGUUCACAAUACCUAAAGACAUUGAUGAUUACAACAAGACUUUGAAGUAUUGGGACGGAUAGAAGACAGUGCGACGAAAGUGCGAACAACGACAAUCAAUCAUGUCAUCAUCUGGCAAAUCCUCCUUCUUUUCGAGGAAUAGGAAGGAUAAGAGAAAUGCCAGUGACGAAGGACGACAACUUUCUUCUGCAGGUACAGGAAACAACGAUGCGGCAAGUGGUAGAGGGUCGCAAUCAUCAAGACAUGCUAGAAUGUCCUCUGUUGCCUCGGAAGAUACUCCCGGAUCGCCUAGUGCAGACUUGACGGGGAUUAAUAUGAUGGCGGGUGUUAUUACUUCGAUUCCAUACGAUAGUGUAAUGGCGGAUGGUAGAUCACCAAUACCAGUGGAUUAUCUGCCCAGGAACGAUCAGAUGCCAUUAAGAAGGGAACCGCUCCCACAUCAUUUGAAUAUGAAUGGAAUGGAUUUCCAUCAGUACCCCGCUUCAGAUACAGCAUCUAUUAAUGGCAGUUCACAUCCCACAGGUCCGCGAGCUCCACCGGUGGGAAAUGUAACAAUGGCAUCAACUGGAAAUCGUACAGCUCAAUUACAGCAGUGGGGUCCUAAUAGGACCAGUAUUGCAAGCACAGUAAAUGGAAGUCACAAUUCAAGAUACGAUUCCUAUUCUACAAACCAAUCCUCGAAUUAUGGCGGUCGCGUAUCCUUCGAUCAACAAAGUGUGGAUUCGAUGACGGAAAGAUCCAGCGUUCUUUCAUCAGGGAGCUCCUCAAAAACAGCUUUACCAGGUUCCUAUUCGAAUAGUUCGUUAUCGCCGUCAUAUCAACCAGGUGCCGGAAAAGACACUCCACGUCUGACAAAAUUACCUCAACAUCUUAGCACAGGAUAUAGUUCGCCAACGGUCGCUUCGCCGGAUGGAUUUAAACUCAACAAACCAAGCGAUGACAGGGUUAUCGAAGAGCAAUUCUUAUCAUUGAUGCAGAAACGAGGAUGGCACAACCUACCAGAUCAAGCGCGCCGGCAAAUGAUGGCAUAUACACCCGCGAAGAAAUGGACUCUAGUACAUCAAGAUCGCUUAACCGAAUGGCAGGGAGAACAAAGGAGGCGAACAAACGCGAAGCACACUGGUCAAUAUGGUUCUGCUAUGGAAAUGCUCCUCAAUGCGGAGGAGGAAGGAACUCCAGAAUGGUUUGUAAGGAAAGUCAUGGAUAAUAGCAUUUCGGCAAAGCAAUUACAAAGUCUCGCAGUAAGCCUUCGGACGCAACCAAUUGGAUGGGUAAAAACCUUUGUGGAAUGUCAGGGUCAAGUUGCUUUAACUAAUGUACUCGGAAAAAUUAACCGGCGACAAGCUCAGGGACCAACUGGGCCAGAAGGUUCAAUUAGUGACAAGGAUCUGGAUAGGGAAUAUGAUAUCUGCAAGUGUCUAAAGGCCUUGAUGAACAACAAAUUCGGUGCCGACGAUGCUUUACAACAUCAACAGGUCAUUGUGGCUUUGGCCACAUCCCUGGUAUCUCCCAGGAUCCCGACGAGAAGGGUUGCUAGUGAAGUUUUGACUUUCUUGUGUCAUUGGGCAGAUGGACAGGGUCAUUUGAAGGUCGUUCAGGCCAUGGACUAUGUCAAGAAUCAACAGGGUGAAAAUGGACGUUUCGAUGCAUGGAUGCGUGUUGUUGAAGUCACAGUUGAUGGGCGAGGAAAGAUGGGGAGUCUUGUGGGUGCCAGCGAGGAGGUUAGAAGUGGUGGUGCGGGCAUGGAGAAUCUACUCAUGGAAUAUGCUUUGACGACUAUGUUCUUGAUUAACAUGAUUGUUGAUGCUCCCGAGAGGGAUUUGCAACUCCGUGUUCACAUUCGAGCUCAAUUUACGGCAUGUGGUAUUAAACGGAUCCUUACGAAGAUGGAAGGUUUCCAAUACGAUGUCCUCGACAAGCAAAUUGAAAGAUUCCGUACAAAUGAGGCGAUUGAUUAUGAAGAUCUUCUCGAGCGUGAGAAUAGUAGCAUAAAGGAUAGUAUUGAAGGGGAUAUCAAAGAUCUCACUGACCCGGCUCAAAUAGUUGAUGCUAUUAUGCAAAAGGUUCAAGGAAGUAGAACUCAAGAUUACUUCGUUUCUGCAUUGCAACAUCUUCUCCUCAUCAGAGAUAGCGACAGUGAGGAACGAUUAAGAAUGUUCCAACUCGUGGAUUCUAUGCUCAGUUAUGUCGCUAUGGAUAGGAGGCUUCCUGACAUGGACUUAAAGCAGAGUCUCAAUUUCACGGUACAAAGUCUUUUGGAUAAAUUACACACAGAUUCCGAAGCACGACAAGCACUCGAUGAGGCCCUUGAGGCUCGCCAGAUUGCCGAUUCGGCAAUGGCUGAAAGGGAUGAAAUGAGAGCUAGAAUUGAACUUGGUGCGGAUGGACUUGUGGGGAAAUUGCAAAAACAAUUAGAUGAACAAGCACAAAUCAUAGAGGUCCAGCGAAGACAGAUAGAUGCACUAAAGGGUGAGAUGGAAAAUAUUCAAACGGUUCGUGCUAAGGAAGCUCAAAGGAAUGAGCUUGAAACCAGAGAAUUGUACCUCAUGCUCCGCGAUGCACAAGACAUUGCCGCAUCCAAUGCUUCGAAGGGUGGAGCUGGAUUGGGCGAGACCGAUCCUUCACAUAUGAAAGGUAUUUUGGAUCGCGAACGACUUAUGGAUCGUCUCGAAAUGCAAAUCGAGAGACAAAAGACCCAAUAUAAGCUUGAAGGUAGGGUAUGGGGUGACGCAGCCGGUCCUUCUGAUCGAUUGAGAGCACUUCGUGAGGAAAUGGACGGUGUAGAUCGUAGGUCGGGUGGAGGUCUCGGACUUCCACCUGGAGAUUACAGUCACGGAAUCCUUGGAAACGUAACAAGAUCAACCAAGAUACCCAGAAAACCAAUUGGCGCCGAGGGUUUCUCUGAAGGCUCUGACAUGGAAGACGAAGACGGGAUGGUUUAUGAAAAGCCUCGUGUUGUCAAGCUAAGAAGACCCAAGCAGUCCAAGGGUUACUUAGACGAGAUGAGUUCGAAAGUCAAGCGUUAUGAUGCUAGCGAUGAUGAAGAUGAAGAGGAUGAUGGAAUUACGACGGGACCUUCGCACCCAAGUCUCGAGUCCGGCUCACCCAAAACUCCACGUGAUGAGAAUUCUUCAAAGGUCGAUGGACCAAAAGUCGCGGGAUUCAAUGGACCCCCUCCGCCUCCACCACCUCCACCUAUGCCGGGACAAGGUCCUCCAGGAUUCAAUGGGCCGCCUCCUCCCUCCUCCCUCCUCCAGGUAUGAAUGCACCAGUUGCCCCCGGAUUUGGUGGGCCUCCACCUCCUCCGCCACCUCCUCCACCUC